UAAUACUUCGAAUUGCGGAGGCUUUAGCAACUGACAUCCAGUUUGUAGCAGUCCCAAGACUCCUACUGAGCAGCUUACUUGGGGCUAGGAGUUUAUAUAUCCACCUUGCUUCUACAUGUGUUGGCCAUCUGAUUAGUGGAUCGACUGACUUCUGGGCCUGGGCAUGUUCAUGGUGGCGCCCACCCAAUGAGUGGUACAGAUCUCACAUGCCUGUUCAUGGUGGCCUGGGCGCGUGUGCUACAAAUUGCCUCCUCAAGUCUCAUUGGAGUGUUUUGUCACAGUUCAUUUCUGAAUUUAACUUAUUGCGACCAUGCAACUUCAAUGCGUGCUCCUUUCUAAUAUUGUAGGAAUUAAGACAGUAUGUUGCAUGCCUACAUCCCUCCAGAAUGUCCAAAUUGUUUGCCCCUACUUGUGGAGCAUGGUCCAAAUUUUUUCUUGAUCAGAUGAUCCUACCCAUGUGAUUGAGGUCCGUCACAUGAGUAGCUUGAAAACAGGAGUUCUAAUUCAACAGUCAAGAUUAAAUGGCUAGGAAUCAGUUUGGUGUGAUCUUUGGGCCAUGUACCAUCUGUGAGGGGGUCAAGCAUUGGAUUGAUUUUUGAGCAUAUAUGCUAGUUCUUUUUCUUUGUAAUUUUCUUCUAUCACAGAUGUCCGCAGUGCAAUAGUUUCUGAUCAGAUGAUCCUACCCAUAUGAUUGAGGUCCAUCAAAUGGAUGGCUUAAAAGCAUAAAUUUUAUUUCAACAGGCAAGAUUAAAUGGCUUGAAUCAGUUCAUAUACCAUCUGCAAUGGGGCCAAGAAUUGGAUUGAUUUCUUAGCAUUAUGCUCAUCCUUUUUCUUUUUAAUUUUCUUCUACUACUAAUGUCCUCAGUGCAAAAGUUUCUGCUUCCAGGUGGACGGGAAAAUCCUGAUUAAAGAAAAACUUCCAAGUGUGAGAACCAAAAAUGCCGAGAUCAAGGGGGUCAGAAAUCCCAGAAAGGCGUUCUCCUCGUGUGCCUCUUCAGCUGAGGACUUCCAGCUCGGAAUCUGAUGGAGUGCACUCCAGCAUGACCAACCGCCCUACAGUUGAUAGGAGUCCCAAGCUCAGUAGUGAUCGGCGUUCUCCACGAAAUCCAAUUGCUGAGAAGAAACGUGGGACCCGCAUCUCUGAUUUAGAAACCCAGUUGGGCCAAGCACAAGAAGAACUCAAGAAACUGAAGGAGCAGCUGGCUUCUUCAGAAGCUGCAAAGAAAGAAGUUCAAGAAGAGCUUGAGAAUACAAAGAAACAGAUCCCUGCUGAAGAUCCUCCACAAACCGAUGAAACUCCACAAAUCCAUGAAACCCAAGAGAAAAAGAGCAUUGACAUCGCCCUUGCAAAAUCAUGUGAAGAAGAGAAUGCAUUCGACGAGAACUCUCCAGAAACUGAUGUCUUUGAGGUUCCAGCAGUGCCAGGGCCAGUAUCAGUGGAGCCUAAUAUCGAGGUGGGCCACACACCUGAGCAAGAAGAUUAUGAAACCAAACCAACUGAAGAAUGCUCAGAAGCACUACUAGCUGAGAUGGAGAAGCCGGUGGAUUCACCUGAGAGUGCCGAGAUAGCCAAACUGAAUGUUAAGUUGGCAGAGAAAGAUGAGGAGCUGGAGAGCUUCUGUGCGGAGAAUGAUGAGCUGAAAAGGCAGGUGUCUGAGGCAGCAGCAGAGGCAUCUGUGGCUCGGGCAAAGGAAGAGGAAGCGGCUUUGAAGCUUACUCACAUGGGAAUGGAGCUGGAAGAGAGCAAGGCCCGCAUGGCCCAGUUGACAGAGGAGUUGAAAACUGUGGAAGGAGCGAAGCUCGCACUGGAAACUGAGAUGAAGAAACUGAGGGUGCAGACGGAGCAAUGGAGGAAGGCAGCAGAUGCAGCUGCAGCAGUGUUGGCUGGGGGAGCAGAUAUGAAUGGUAGGGUGGCUGAGAGGUGCAGCUCCAUGGACAAGCACCUCGGUGGGUAUGACCCAGUUGGCUAUACUGGAUUCGGUUCACCGAUGGCUGAUGACUCGGAUGAUGGGUUGGGAGGAGGGAAGAGAAAGGGGUCAGGUAUUCGAAUGUUUGGGGAUUUGUGGAAAAAGAAGGGGCACAAGUAGGGGAUAUGAGAAUCUGUUAUAUUUCUUUUUUCUCAUAUGUAUGAGGACUGUUUUAAGUGUUUUCCUCCUCCUUUCCUUUUCUUGUUGCUGUGACAUGGAUAGCUGUCUACAGGCCAUGGAUCUUGUUGUGUUUUGGCAGGCAAUCAAGGUUGCAGUGAGAGAGGAGGGUUGGCAUUAUCUCAUAAAUUUAGAUAUCUACAGGUCGUGUCUGGAUGCACAACUGAAUUGAAAUUGUGAUUUUGCAACA